CGCUUCUUAAGAGAAAACCACCAACAAGUUGCGCACUCCCGAAUCCAGGAUGCCUAUCGAUGGACAGAACGCUCAACGAACUAUCAGUAGUGAGGGCUUCCAGACUUCGGAUGGGACCUUAUACGUUUCCAAGCCUUUCAAGUCAAAGAGUUCGAAGAAACUACGCGCGCUCAUAACGUUCGCUCCGAGACAUUCUACUUUUGACAUCAACAACGAAAAAUCUGUGGCGAACGAGUUCCGGGGGUUCUUUAGUCUUUUCUGGAUCUCCAUAUUCAUCUUCACUGUCCGAACGUAUGUCCGAAGUAUUGAAACCAAUGGACAUGCACUCAACUUGGCCUUCGCGACAAUGUUCUCGAAAGAUGCAAUUACUCUGGCGUUAAGUGAUGCCGUAUUGGUGGGAAGCACAAGCAUUUGCGUCGUAUUUGCCAAAGCAAUUUCCGCAGGAUGGAUUCGUUAUUAUUGGACAGGACUAGCCAUGCAACACAUAUUCCAGACGACGGUGUUGAUAAUGGCUGUAGGAUGGACAUUUAAUCGACAAUGGCCUUGGGUCCAGUCUGGAUUCUUUACCCUUCACAGUCUUGUAAUGAUCAUGAAGAUGCAUUCCUACAUGACUGUUAACGGAUACUUACAAUGGGUUUCCGAACAAUCCCAGGCGAUCCUAGAUCAGCUGCGCGAGGCGACCAACUCAGAAGGAGGCUGGGAUCAUGCUGUACGUGUAGCGAAAGAGCAUCGGGCAGCAUUAGAUGCAGCAUCUGCUAUCGGUUCUUCGCAUUCAUCUGGGACCUCUCCUAUGGGCACACCUCCCAUUCCCGACGGAGUGCAGGCCUCUUAUGUCGACCCAGAUACUGCUAAGGCUCUAAGGAAACGUUUAGCGUCCAUGUCGGAUGCAAAUGGAGUGGUUGACGCAGAUACGAAGAACGUUGUGGAUUCACUCAAUGAUCCCAAUACUUACAAGAAAACUGACGAGCAUAUACCCUCAGCCACGACUCCGCAUCCCCUUAUCGACCAUCCAGACGAAAAUAUUUCCAACUUGGCCAAAGAUUAUAGCGAACUCCAAGGAGAACUCGUUAGUACGGGGCCCCUUUACAUUGUCUGGCCCAACAAUAUCACAUUCAAGAAUUUUGCUGUUUACAUGCUUAUUCCUACGCUAGUUUACGAGCUUGAAUAUCCUCGAACCAACCGGAUUCGACCCAUCUACGUGUUCGAAAAGACGGUGGCAACCUUUGGAACAUUUGUCCUUCUGUACACUGUCACCGAAAGCUUCAUCCUUCCAUAUACUCCCACAUAUGAUCAGUCCUUCUUCAGAUCAUUACUUGACCUCGCGUUACCUUUUAUGAUGGCCUAUCUGCUGCUGUUCUACAUCAUAUUUGAAUGUAUCUGCAAUGCCUUCGCUGAACUCUCUUGCUUCGCUGACCGGCAAUUCUACGAAGACUGGUGGAAUUCGACAUCCCAAGCCGAGUUUUCGAGGAAAUGGAACAAGCCUGUGCAUUCAUUUUUGCUCCGCCAUGUUUACGCGUCAACAAUGACCAGCCACAAACUUUCGAAACAAUCGGCAAUGUUCGUAACAUUCCUUUUGAGCGCCUGUAUACACGAACUAGUCAUGGUCGUUGUUACGAAGAAAUUUAGGUUCUACCUGUUCGCACUUCAGCUGAUCCAAAUACCUCUAAUUGCCUUGAACUCAGUACCGUUCAUUAAGCGGAGCAAGCUGCUGGGCAAUCUGAUGUUCUGGGUAGGACUGUAUGCGGGAUUUCCUUUACUAUGUGUGGCAUACGUGGCGUAUUAGAACGUAUUAGUGGACAGUUGGUCAAGAAGCUUUAUCGAGGUAAGACCCACUCAUGUGACGAGAUGAUAGAUGUCUCGCGUUUUUGUGUGGCUUCUGGCGGUUGAGAGCGACAUCAGUGGAGUUCGGUCGGACGUUCUUGUGCUUGGUUUUAAAGCAUGGCCCAAAUUAUCCCAAUUCUGCAGCUGGUCGAAACAAGGAAUACAAU